CUCGUGAUGUAGUUCUUGUACGCAGAAGCCCUUUGCUAAAGGGCGAAGAAUCUCCAAACAAGAUCGUUUGGGUGUUUGUACCGUCGAAUAUGACGGGCGACCGUGCAAAUUCAAACAAAGCCAGGUGGAAGCUACCUCGACUGAGCUCUCAUCGGCUUGGAGUAAUACUGAUCGUUCUUAGCUUCGUCUGGGGAAUGUACUUGAUUCAUAUACAAAUAAACGAUAGAAAAUCGCAAUCGGAAUUCUUAAAAGCGAAAAUCAUCGCGCUGUCAAAGGAAUACAUCGAUGCAGUCGCAAAGGAGAAGGGCCUGACGGCUGAUUCGGAUGUCGACAAUGGUAAGAAGAUUUGUCAGAACUUCCUGUUUUAAAUUCAGGGCUCAAAUUCCGUGCCUUUUGGAACAACUCUGUUAAAGUAAAGUAUUCUCACAAGGGUUUUUGUUCCCUUGAAGGAAUGCUCGAAUGCUUUAACGAGCAAGUGAGCAGGUUUUUGUAUCCAGCCUUAAGCGACGAGCUUUCGUGAUGAUAUAUUAUUAACUUUCACUUGCUUUCAGUAGUUUUUGGGAUAACCUGCCUAGAAACCACUAAACUCAGCUAAAUUUAGGAAGACUGUAAAUUCAACUUUUUCGUAAAUCUUUACAAACUUAAGCUUGAGUUUCAGCUCAAAACACGUUGGUUUGUCAAAGUUGUUCAAAGGACUUCUACAGGAAGUUCGUCGCGAAGAGUGUUCAACAUCGACUACGUACUGACACGAAACUUUUCUAGGCUCAUUGCAGCACCCGUUUGUAGAACUUUGAAGCACAUGUAGAGUUUAAACACAGUCCGAUAUUUGCUUAGACGUCACUUCCUUAGGUGUUUAAUCCAAAAAAUUUGUACCAUUUUAUACAAAGUUUCGGAAGAAUUUUUCCUUAGUGUUAAUUCAGCUUAUUUGUUUAUUUAUAUUUGCCUUGCAUGUAUUUCACUUUUGUUCUGUUAUUCACGAUUCUUUUUGUUUAAGGGGAACCUCAGGCUUUGUCAAAACAACCAGCAGAUACUGGAAAAAUUGUUUCUUGUGUUAAUGGAUUCUAUAUUAGUUGCGGUCCACUAAUUAAGGAAGCUUAAUUUUGUCGGACAUAUUGGACUUCCGAAAGAAAAUUCUGAAUAUUUUCUUGGCAAAGAGCCAACUUCUUCCUAGGCUAGCAAGUGCAGCAUUCAUCUUUUUCACAUAGACCACAAAGGUGAUGUUACACAAGACACUUCACAACAAUGAUUUUUAGUGCAACAAAGCUUUGCAACAUUGAUUCAAGUGGUUUCAACUUUGUUCCAGCAUUGGAACACUGUGUUGUGCUAAAAAUCAUCCUUGUCCCACGUAACAUCACCUUAUGCUCCCAGUUUACCCCCCAAAAUUUUGCUUAACCAUUGUCUUCGAUUUUGAUUUUUCUGGGGACGACUGUUCAAUACCCAGGAGAAAACUAGAAACAAUGUUGACUGUAAAAUCAAGGUUCAAUAAUAUGUGUUUACUACAAUAAUACUGCAAAAAAAAAAACACAUUGUGAUUAAUUCCUUGAAAGGGCUUAUCAGUUUUCUAUACAUUGUUUUGCAGUGGAGGUUCAUGAGAUGAAAAAGGCCACAGCCAUUUUGUUACAGAACAUGCUAUUGAGAAUUAAAAACCUUGAAAAACAGGUGGAAUUUGUUAUAGUGAACAGUACUUCGGAAUUUGAGCAUCUGACACAACAAAUCAUGUACCUCAACCUUACGAUCCGUACUGUAAAUAAGUCUAAAGGUAAGCAUCUUAUAGUACAUCUCAACCUCCCACAUAGUGUCAAAUCAUUUUAAGUUUCUGGGAAAUUGCCCACCUACCCCUCCCCUAAGCUAAAAUUAACACUUACCUCUCACUUAGGGCAAAAUGUUGGCUUUGGGGAGGGGUAGGUGAUCAAUUUCCUUGAAACCUAAAUUGAUCCCAAGUGUCAAGCUUCAUUUUGUCCAGCAAAACAGCUGUCUCUCCUCGUCGAAAGGAACAUGUCACCAGGAAGGACAUCUGUGCCUCAGCAACAUAAAUAGGAAUGAUUUGCUAAUAAUUCAUAUGUCACCAAUUGAUUAUUUAUGUUACAGCUCAAAAGUAAAUUCAGGUUGAUCUUUAUCAACCUAGGUUGAUUCUCAAUUUUCUUUUGUCUUUUAACCCUUAAACUACUACAUGAAAAAUUUCUGCAAUUUGAUUGGCUUAGAGCAGUGAUAUUUCAGCUUAAUUUGGAAUAUUUUGACCAGCUGUAACAUUUAUAGUAAUUUUAAGAAAUUUUUUGCAGAUGGAGAUUUCUGCGUCAUACCUAAUGACCCAGCCUAUCCUGAAUGUCAAAACAAAGUAAAGGUGAGCAGAGCUUUGAAAUACUAUAAACAGUGUAGCAGUAACUAUUUGUUCACUAUGUACUACCUCUAUGCUCAAAUUACUGCCCAGCCACCUAUAAGAGCUGAGCCCAUGUGUGCAACAGAGCGGUAGGUGCAGGGAAAAAUGGUUGAGGUCUCCUUCGAAGAGAAAGCAUUGAGACCUUUAAAGAAAGUUGAUUUCCUGGGCUGUAUGUAUAUCACUCCCUGCUUGUGCAAAAAAGAACUGAUGAUGUUGAUGAUUAUUAAGAUGAUUAUAAAACUCCAAAAACUGUGAGCUAAAAAUUUAUACUGCCCUCCUAGGUCCUCAACCCAGGAAGGGGGAGGGGCACUCUCUUAUUUGGUGUAACAGGUACAUGUGCUGUUGGCAGAGGUGUUGUUUUCAUGAUGUUGAGUCCUCGGGGUAUACAAUGUAAUUUUAGCAUCUUGAAUAGGGUUUCUUUUUGGACUGGAAGCACAUAAGCUACCGAACAUUAGCCGGAGAAUUCUGCCUAAUAAACGAAGAAUUCUCUGAUCUCCGAUGCCUAAAAAUGAACACUCUGAGUGAUACAGAAUUCAACGUUAGUAGUACUACUGGAACUAAGCUGUCAUGUGAUAUGGGGACAUUUAAAAGCCAUAACCUAGCUCUUUAAAAAACAUCUAUUUCAUUGAGAACCUGUUUGACUCACUCAUGCUGUUGUAUACUGUGUUAAUAUACACGUUCAAUUUUUUAUAGAUCAGCUUAAUUGAUUUAGAUGCCCAUCUUAAUCUAGCCAGAUAAAAGACAAAAGGAGAAAAAUGUGCACUUGAAUCAACCUGCUUGCAAAAUACAUUAUAAUAGUUUGUGCAUUAGUUUCGGCAUCUGAAUCAAAUAUGUUCCAAAGUCACUCCAUAGCCGAAAUUUCCGGCUGGGCUAUUAUUUUCAUCUUUUGCAAAGAUGGUUGUAGUAGUGGCAUUUUACAAGUGUUAUUGUUUUCUUUUGUCUUUCAAUGUAGUGGAUGUUAAAACAUUGGAAAUCAGAGCCAAAAUUCAAAGAGCAUGGUGUUAAUGGAAGUCUUUGUUCAAUUCUUUUCUAUCUCAGUAAGGUAUGCCAUUUCUUGGAUUGUUAACUUAAUCAAAACAACUGUAAUACUCUUAAAUUAUUAUUUUUCAUUAUGACAUCCCCAUUUUACAUAAAUUUUUGCAUAAUUUUCAUUGGCAAGAUUGGUUUACAAAAAAUGGAAACAGACAGAAAAAAUGUGUAAAAUUGUCCAUGUAACUCCUUUAAGGACCGGGUGUUUCGGCCUCACCAUGUCAGACAAAACUGCUUUAAAAAAAUAGGUAGGUAUGUUUAGAAAGUAAAGCAACAACUUCUUCACUAUUGUAGUUGCGUAUAAGCUACAUUUUAUCUUGAAAAGGGCUGUUUCAUUGGCUGAUUGAAGGGAAUAUUAACCCUUUAAAUCUGAAAAGUAGCCAGCAUCAAUUUUCUCCUAACCAUUAAUCAAUAGGGAAUCAAGAGAACAGGUUAUGAGAAUCAAUAUAAUGAUCACCAAAAGAAAAUACUCUGAUCUUUUAUCAGAUUCUCUCAGCUAAUUCUAUACGUAAAUGUGUGAAGAUCAGUCUGGAGAAUUUAAUAAUAAUAAUAAUAAUAACAAUGAUAAUAAUAAUAAAAUAUUUAUAUAGUGCCUAUACUAGUGGGGAAUUUGAAUUGGGCCUCAUGAGUUUAUUAAUUUACAGGUAGAACAGUGGUGUCCCAUGGUUAUUCCAAAACAUGCAGAUGGGCAGGAGGUCUGUACCAUCCCUUCAGAUUCUGCUUUUCCUAACUGUGGUAGCAAAGUCAAGGUAGGUCUGUAUAAUUGUUAUUUUAUUGAUUUAUCUAACUAUUUAAUUUGUUGACCAAUAACUCCAUAUUAUUGGGAAGAAGUUAUUAUUGUCAGACUUAAAAACAGCCCAAGAGUUUCGCAAAAUUUGUGGUGUUUUUUUUAAAAAAACAUUUAUUAAGGCCAUAUACAUGUACGUUAUAAUGCCUUUUUUUGCAUUUUUGUUAUUUUUAAUUUGUUUAUGGGCUUUUUUCAUAGCAAUUAUAUCUAUAUUAAUUUACCCUUUAACCGGCAAAUUCUUUUGGGAAAAUUUAUCACUGCAGCUGUGUUGUGAAAAUAUGGUAACAGCUUCCAUGCUUAAAUACUCCCGGGCUUAAAUUAACUAUAUACCAAAAUGUUCAUCAUAGAGUGCUCUUCUAAAUACAGCAGUAAAAUAUGAAAUGGGUUUUAUUGUCAAUAUUUUACCAAAUUGUUUCUAGUCAAUUGCCAUUAUGAGUCAUUAGAACUUGUUUUCCUUUGCUUGAAGAUUUAUCUUCAGAAAAAUAUGAGUUUUGAUCCAUGUUGAAGGUCAGUAAUGAAGAGAAUCACACCCAAUACAAAAGCUCCACAGGUGACAAAAACUGGGACUUUACAGCUAAAAAAUCAGUAGAUUUGAUGCAAGCUGCCGCUUACAUGUAGCUCAAGACAUGUAAAAAGAACUGAAGCAGUCCAAGGGCCAAAUCACAGAACUAGAGAUAGAGUUUGUCCAAGGAGGGUCCUUUUGUACAUAUAUGCAAGGCUGCUACCUAAGGGGUGCUCGGUUGCCAGUGGCUCUUACGAUUUCCUCGCGAGCGACUAAAAUUUUAAACCAGGAGCCUUCAUGGGCGCCUAAAAAUUAUGAUUCUUGUGACAAUAGCCACUAUGCCCACUUCUAGUGAAGGAAUGACAGAAUUCCGGCCUGCUCAUUUGGCACUUUUGAAACAAAAAUGUUUGUUAACAUUGACUGUAGGCAAAAAAUUUAUGCUGCUAAAAGUAAACAAACAAGCACUCUACUGGAAAUUCAAAACUCAAACAAAUCGAGUUGCGAGGUACUUGUGAAUCGAGUUUUGAGUUUAACCGGUAAUCUGCUUAAUUACUUUAUCUGCUUAUCUUAUCGAUCAAUGGGCUCCUAGAAAUGUGGCUCUGUCUCCUAACUUUAUAUUUAAGGAGCCUGAACGGCUCCCUGAAAUUUUCUAAGACAGCAGCCUUGAUACGAUGAUUACCAGUUAAUGGGUUUUAAACAAUGACUUUGUAAUAUUUUGUGGUAGUAAUAACUUGAAAUACUAUCAGUUUAUAUUAUGUUAAAUUUAUUUUGAAUUGCACCAAAAACAGUGGAUGGAACAGUUUUGGAGAUCAGAUCCUUUAUACGCUAGCCAUGGUGUGGAUGGCAGUUUGUGCUCAUUCCUCGACUAUCUUAGUGAGGUUAGUAUUAAGACCUAAGAUUUGUUGCAUAAUUUAUUUUGACAUGACUUAUGUAGUCGCUUGCACAAGAGGACUUUUCUUCUCUAUGAGAUGCUUAUUUUGUAGCAGUAAACUCGGAGGGACUUGACAUUUUGAUGUCCCAAUGGAUGUCUGAUUGCUCAGAAAGGUUCGAGUGAUAGGGGAAUUUUUUUAAUGUGCAGCCUCAAUGUUCAAAGUUAGUGGUAAAGUCAGUGAUCAAUGUAAUGUGCUCUAGUGGCAAUUCUGGGAGCUCCUUUGAUGACUUCCCACUCCCCUUCCAUAAAUACUUCGUCCCCGUUGCAGAUCAGAUAAUUCUGAUGUUGUUUUCAGUCAAAACAGCUUUGCAGUCUUGGCCGUCAGUUAACUUAUGCUAUUAUGUAGCUUGAAUCAGGAUUCAGCAUAAAGGUUCAAUGAAAUGAACAGAGUAAUGUUAUAAUUAUCAAUACUGAACUUUCUCUGCUUUUCCAGCAGAAUCCCAAUUUUUUGAACCACCUGGGGAAAAGCAAAUUGGAUCAAAUUGUCAAGAAGUUUGAAAAAUUGGGGGUAAAAUCACAUUGUUUGACUCGUGAAGGGAAGUUUUGUUUGAUUCAAAUUAUCAGGGAUUUCAAAAACCCAAGAGCUCAAGAAAUCAGGAUUCUAUAGUAUAUUACUGGGUUUGCCAACAACAAUGGUGACAGCUACGAAAAUGUCACUGAAAAAGUGAAUUCGUGCUGCCUCAAACUUUAUCGUGCUUAUCCCAUCUCUUUCAACUCAACAAACGUUGGCAUUUUUUCUGGAGUUGAAUUCUGAAAGACUGUUUUAUGCAUCUAUGCCUCUGUCCUGUCUCUUUUCUUUCUAAUAAAUAUGUGAACAUGCAUGUUUAGGUGGAGCAUUUCUGUCCUCUGCGUCUUGGUCGUCAAAGGAAAGAUGACUGUCAAAUCCCUAACAGCAAGGAAUAUCCAGACUGCCCAAGCAAAAUUGCUGUAAAUUUAUCAUUAUUUUUAUAUCUUUACUAGUUUUACGGAUAACUUGUGGAAGUUGCUCUGAUUCCUUAUCAUUGUUAUAACAUUGUUACAACUGUCAUUGCGCACUUUUGCUAUGAUAAGAAUUAAAAGAAAGCAGAGAAAAAAAUAUGUAUUUUGAUGAUGGUAUGUUUUAGUCCUUGAGACCUGUUCGUGGCAAUGAGGGAGCCCUUUUAAAAGAUGGUAAAAUGGCAAAAAAAUAUAAAUUCAAUAGAAAAUAUUAAAAGUGGCAAUUCUGUUAAUCAUUUUAAAACUCUAAUUUCAAAGGAACUCAUAUAUAAACAUCCUACCCAACACAGCAAACCAGAAACAGAAGCAAAUCUGGAAACAAGAAAACAAAACAGGCUUUUACAAGAUUUGUUGUUCUUGUUGUUGCCUUUUUAAAAAAAAACCUGAAAGUUUGUCACUUUCUAAAGGAAAUAACUUUGGAAAUACCCAGAAGUUUAAAACUGAGAAAACACUGAUUUCAACUGCAAAACCAAAAACUACAGGUCUAAAAAAAAAUAAUGGCUGAAAAAUGACUGUGCUUAACCAUGACUUGUCAACCUAUUAUUAUUUCAGUGGAUGAGGCAGUUUUGGAAGUCUGAUCCGUGUUAUGAAAAAGAUCAUGGGGUAAACGGAAGUAUUUGCUCCUUUAUUGUUUAUUUAAGUGAGGUAAGUUUACAACAUUAUAAAUUCCUGCAUGAUCAUGAAAUUGAGUGUUGACUGUAACUUUGUCCAUUUCGCUAACCUCUUUAAGACAACAGACGUUACUACUUUUCAUGACCCUGAUUCAUUUUGUUUUUGUUUCUCUUACAUUUUAGGCCCAGUUCAAAUGUCGAUCUUUUCAUGUACCAAACUUAAUUAAACCUAUUUAGGUCAACCCAAAUGAUAUAAGUUCGACAGUUGAUUCUGACAUCCACCUUAAUAUUAUUAGUCAGAAUCAAUUCAUUUUCACGAUGUCCAAUAAACUAAAAUGCUUACAAGAGAAAAUAUAUUUUAGUAAUUCAUGCAUUAUGUUCGGCACAUGAGAAGUUUGACAUUUGAAACAAAGUUGCUCGACAGUUGUAAUUCCCAUGUCGUCCACCGACGAUCUUAAUUCAUGGGUCGACCCAAUUAAUUAGAUAUGUCCAACUUAAUUGAUUCAAACGUCGAUCUUUUCAUGUACUUAAUUGAAGGGAUUAGGUUGGGUACAUGAAAAGAUGGACAUUUGAACUGGGCCUUUUUAAACUAGCUGUGUGUUUUUCUACCUUUUUUUUUUGACAGAUAAAUUUCUUUUUUUACUUAAAUUUCACAGGUGGAGAGAUGGUGCCCUCUUUUGCCUGGUAGGAAGUUGAAGAUAAAAGUUUCCACUAAAUUGAAGGAAAAACCAGUAAGCAAUUUCUAUUGUUUUAUUUUUUUUAAAACAAACCCAUGAAAAUUACUCUUUUUCAUAGCACAGAGUUGCAUAACUGACUGCAAAACUACUGUUCUUAAUUACAAUAUAACAAAAAAAGCCCUAAUGGUGAUUACCAAUGAAAAUAAUUUUUCUUGUAAUAUCAAUCCUUAAUCAAUCAGGGAGGCCCGGAGAAUUAAGAAUAUAAUCACCCAAGAUUAAUUCUCAGAAUACUUUUAAAAACAUUUUCUCAAGGGCAAGAAAGAAUAAUUUGUAUUUUAAUAUUGGGAACUAAAUUUAUGAAUUGAAGGCGUAUUUAUACCAGCUUUUACUACAUAUGAAUGUCGAUACAACACAUAGUUUCAGCAAAAUCCACAGAAAAAAAACAGAAACAACUGUAUCAUUCUGUGAAAAUGGUUCCUGCACUAAAGUCUACAAUCGAAAAUUGCAAGAAAUUGUUUCCUCAAAAGAAAAAAAAUCAGUUCCCUGUCAAAAUCUCCUGUCACAUGGUAAUGAAUAAUAAAUUAUUAUUGAAGAGCUCCAAAGACCAUAUAAAAAAGUCCCAUCCAAAGAGGAAAUGAGAGGUACAGAAAAUAGGGAUGUUAUUCCAUGGAGCCUUUUUACUGGCCAUGCAUUUACAUGAGUCUUACUCUAUUCGUUGUUUGCAGGACUUAUCAAGAGCUACUGGUAAUGUUGAAAACCUUUUAGAUUUACUACAAGCUGACAAACCAAUAAAAUUUGAAUGGAUCAAACGUCGAAUACGAGCAAUGUGGCCACGCUGGCAAGCUGCUUUUUCAUCUCUAAAAAAGAAGAGGAACUUGUCAAACACAGUACAGAAGAAGGUAGUAGCAGUGUUUGUUUGUCAUGGAAAACCUGGAAAGUCGUGGAAUUUAACAUUUCAUUUUCCAGGCCUGGAUAGUCAUGGAAUUUAAUAGUCGGUCCUUAAAAGUCAUGGAUAUUGAAGUUUUGUUUGAUAGCUUAGUUACUGCCGAUGACAAAGCAAGGACAAUGUAAGAUAGAGAGAAGUGAUUGAAAAGUGCGAACAGCACGCAUUUUGGUGAACACCAGAGUUUACGUUGAACUGUCGAGAAGGGAGUGUAAGGUCCAAAAAUACCCUAAAACAAGGAAAGUGCUAAAACGUUUUGAAAGUAACAGCUAAACCUAAGGUCUUGGAAAACUAAAAAAGGUCAUGGAAAAAGUCAUGGAAUUUGAAGAGGUCAAAAGAGUUCGCGGUUUUUGACUGUUACCCCAUGGUACUGUUGUUUUGUAGAUUUUGAUUCAUAUUGGUGUGUUAGCAAAUGAGGAUAAGAUGCACUUUGCUGAGGAGGCAACCAAAGGGGGUCCAUUGGGUGAAUUGGUACAGUGGAGUGACCUCAUAACAUCUCUUUAUAUCCUGGGACAUGAUAUAACCGUCAGCGCCGACUUAACUACUAUGCAAAGGUAACCAGGCUACAUGACAGUGUGUUUACUGCACGUUUCAAUAGAGCGAUUUUCAUAUGACUUUGAAAAAUGGUUUCUGUAAGUGUUCGUUAUUUGUGUUAUCAGACAGUGGAUGAAAAGAUCAAAACAUGGCCUCUUCGUUUUCCCGCUAAAGAAAACCCUAAUAUGGAGAAGGCAUUGUUGGAUUGGCCAAUCGUGUUGCAGUAUGACGCAAAGCGAAGUGUCGGUUGAUUUCUAGAAAGUUCUCGGUCAUGAAGUUUUUUCAGCCGAGCGUUCACUUAACAAACCAAAUACUACGCGCGUGUCUGUUCGAUAAACCAAACAUAUCGCUAUGUAUUUGCUCUAUUUUGUUGUUUCUGUUUUGUUCGCGCGUUUUCAUUUCAAGGUCAUACGAAAAUCACUGUAACAUGCAAACUCAAAAGUAAACAAUGUUACCAACAGUUACUUUUUUUACUUCCCAAAACAAGGAAAGACAAAUGAAGGCUCUGUUUGCCGAGUGAGUUUGUAAAAUCCCCAGUAUUUAAAAUAGUUAUUACAAUCAUUUUAUUUCAUUUUUUCUAGGGCCCUAGGAGGUGCCGCCUCUGUGAAAAAACUAUGCCCUCAGGAAAUGCGUGGGGAUCUUGAUCUAGUCUAUUUGGAUUACAUUGGACUGAAACAGGUUACUACCAAGACUGGGGCUCUGUUACCACAGUUCAAGUAAGGACAGAAGAAUCCUUUAUGCUACGUAAUAGAACUUAAGGCUAUUAGCCCCAAUAUCCACGUACAAAUUCUCCAGACUUUUCUCCUUACAUUUCCUUAAAGAACUAGUUGAGAGAAUUUAAUAAAAGAUCAAAGCAUUUGGCCGUUAGUGAAGGUUCAGCUGUAAUAGUUAUCUUAUUUAUGAAUUUUACGUGGUAACUAAAGUGUUAUUUGCUGUUACAUAACCUGUUUUUGUUUUUAGGUGCAAGUUGCGUGUAGUAGACUCGUUUGGUACUGAGGCACAGUUCAACUUUGAUUUGUACAAAGAAAAUAUCCCCGGAGGACCUAUGGGAAUGUUUGGAAGACACAACCUUAACUUACGACAAUUCCAGACUAUGUUCCGUAAGUAUAUGUACCAAAUACGGGUGUAACCAAACGACUGAAGAACUAUUUAAACAGCUUGAUAAAUAGUACCACAGGAAAGUACUGCUUAGUAGCUUUCAUUUGAAUGGUCACACCAUAGGAUUUCAUCCACAGACUCAAAAGUUAGAACCACCUUCUACAGCAUAAUAAACAGAACCACAGGAAAGUACUGUUCAGUAGCUUUCAUUUGAAUGGUCACACCAUAGGAUUUCAGCCACAGACUCAAAAGUUAGAACCACCUUGUACAGCUUAAUAAACAGUAACACAGGAAAGUACUGCUCAGUAGCUUUCAUUUGAGGGGUCACAGCAUAGGAUUUCAUCCAAUUUUAAUAUUUUUUUUCCAACUCUUUGCUUCAUAGCUCACAGUCCAGACAACACAUUCCUCGGUUUUGUGGUGAAUGCUGAGACACCCAUAAAAGUAUCCAACAGAACAAGGCGGAAAGCCAAAGCAUUGGUGUAUGGCAAACACUUUAAUAUGUGGAAGGUGAGGAGGUGCACCAUUUACUUCACCCUUUCGAUCAACAUGCAAAUUCUCCAGACUAAUCUCACAACAUUUUCUUGAAAAAGUGUUUGAGAGAAUUUGUUAAAAGAUCAAAGCAUCUGUCCUUUAGUGAUCAACAUAAUAGUUCUCGUAAUCUUUCUACUUAAUUACAUAUUGAUAUUGGAAAGUUGAUGUUGGUCACUCUAGCGACUUAAAGGGUUACCAAAUAGACAACAAAGUUUUAUUCAUUUACUCUCUUAUAUCCAGUAGAAAUAACGUCAAAAUGCUGGUCAAUUGGAAGCCGAGAUUAGUUUAAGCGCAAUGUUCUGACGUGGACUAUAAGAACGUAGACAAUGGAAAAUUAUGGGCUGUAUUUAUUUUUUACAAGGGAAGUUUCUUCUUAUCUAGUGCACGAGAUAGAGACAAGUUUUGUUUUUUUUUUGGCUUUUUUGCAGGAUUUACAAAACAAAGGUUUUCUUGAAGUUAUAAAUAAAUAUCUAGAAGUCCAUGCUACUGUCGGGGGAGGGGUAAGUAAAAAUCUAAAUUUUUUCCCUUUUAGAUUAAUUUGUGAUACAUUAUCAGCCGGGUAAUUUUAGGAUCUUGACUAGAGUUCCGUUAUGUUUGUUGCCAGUAACACAGUGAUGACUGGAAAUUCAAAGUGUGCCUUGAUAAGUUUAUCCAAAGGAGUUGAAUUUGACAAAAGGGUGUGAUAAGUACUAAAUCGGAGAAUAGUAUAACAGGAGUUGUGAUCCAUAUGAAAAUUCAGUUCCGAUUGUACGAUUAUUUCAUACAAUCGGACUUGACUUGUUACGAUACGUGUAAAAUCAGACAACAGUACACUACAGUGGUAGAAUAGUAGAAUCGAAAAAUUCGGAAGAAUCGUAUAAUGUCCUUAAUACCAGUUUUCUUAAUCGCAGAAUAGUAAAAUUGGAGGAAAUGUGUAGUGCUAAAUCGGAGAAUAGUACCCCUAAAUCGGUUAUACUAUUUUCCGAUUUAGCACUCAUCGCACCACUCUGUGCGUUAUUCAUAUCGUAUUAGUGUGGACUAGCCGUUCAAAACGCGUCACAAUUAAAACGAUGAACCGAAAAUAUCGCAGGCGCGUGUGUUUGUAGCAUGCGCAUAGAGUUUAACUUACGUCACAACGUGCAAUUCUGUCGUUUUCCAACACUCGGUAGAAAUCCCCUUCCGUAGAAUUUUUCCAGCGGGCAGCCAGUCGAAAAUGUAUCAAAACGAAAACGGUAGUGUGGACGGGAAUGGAUCGAUGCGUUUUCGAAGACUUCGAGAACGUACCCUUUUGAAAACGCAUUAGCGUGAACAGGGCCUUAGAAUCACCUUGUACAUAAUAACAUCAACAACACGUUCUUGAUGUUUAUGCUAUUGAUGGUCACAUUAUUUGCUUGUGUGUUUGCUAUUUCUCUUGUAGACUCCUAGUGAAGUAGCACCGCAUUUACCAAGUUUUGUGAUAAAUCAUGGAGUUGUUACUCCCGCAGAGGUCCGGAAGCUUCUAAAUGAAUCCAUGGUAAGAAUAAUCCCCUAAUAGACCUCUUUAGCUUGUUUGUUUUGGUGUCUCAUUGAAGGUCUCAGGGGAUGACUACAUUCACCACUUAAGAAACGAGACGGAAAACUGGGGCGAGUUAACUUUCGCAAAGAUUUGUGGGAUCGUUACUGUGACGGCUGAGGAGCCUGUUUCACGAAAGUCCCGGGAACUUUUCGGUCCCGGAAAGCUUUUUUGUGUCACUAUGUUUUCAUUCAAUAUCAAAGUUUCAAUAAUUUUGAAAAUGAUACAACGAAACUAUGAGUUGACGAAGCAAAAGUGAUUGUUUUGUGGUCCAGGAACUAAACUACGAUUCAACAGGUUAUGAUUUUAAAACUUGCCUUUGGGCAAGAGCGUGUAGUACGAGGAUAAAAGGAGCUGGAAAACUGGCGGGGAAACUCCUGCACCGCAAUGGAAAAGCGUCAUUCGCGUCUUCUGAUUGAACGAACGCUUUUUCUCACUCGUAACCAACAUCAUUUGCACCUCUGAUUGGCUACAAAUCGUUGCUGUGCGACAUUUUACGUGAAUAUUUCCUCGUAUACAUACAGUCGAACCCCGCUAUUUCGAAGUCCCAAGGAAAUGAAAAAAAGUUCGAAAUAGCGGGGCUUCGAAAUAACCGGGGAAGCGUAAAGGGGAAGGGUAAAUCCAAGGGCAUUCGAUCUUCCUUCGAAAUAGUGGGGACUUCGAAUUAACCGAGUUCGAAAUAGCGAGGUUCGACCGUAUAUUAAAAGGCCUUUUAAAAGUGACUCUCAUCAAAUUAAAGUUCUGAAAACAGAGUUUUCUGAAUUCUGUUUUGAUCUCGGAACGGUUCUUGCCUUCUCUCGCAGGUUUUCGUUGGUAUCGGCUUCCCGUACGAGGGACCUGCUCCGCUAGAAGCCAUUGCUAGUGGGUGCUUUUUCAUAAAUCCAAAGGUAAGUUGAUGGUUCGCACGGGAAAGGGAAAGCUUGAAAAGUCAUGAAAUUUUAGCCUGAGAAAACAACCGACACUUCGCGACGUCACCACUUGAUUCCCCGCGAAAUGACGUUUGAGAAACAAGCGCAGAAAUUCCAUUCUGAUGACGUGUCACUACCCAGAUCUGGCUAGUGCUUCUGAUUGGCUGAAGCAAAUUUUCAACCAAUCAGAAGCGCUUCCCAUAUCUGGGUAGUGACACAUCAUCAGAAUGCAAUAUCUAUCCUCGUUUCUCAGAUGUUAUUUCGCAGGGAAACCACCUCUGGCGUCGCGCAAUGACGGCUGUUUUCUCAGGCUAAUGGAAUUUAAGAAUUUCAUUUUCCAAGCCUGGAAAUUCAUAAUUUUUUUUCUGUCUCAGUCCUCGAGAGUCAUGGAAAAGUAAAGUUUUGUUUGGAAGAUGAGUUAUUGCAGAUGUGAAAUCGAGAGCAAUGUACAGUAACAUAAAGACGAGAAAUUAAACAGCGAGUUAAUGCUGGCACUCAUUUUGUUGGACGCUAGAGUUUGUGUCUGUUGAGCUUCGCUUGGUCAAAAACUAACCCUAAAAUCGAAAUUUAAAAAUGUUUCGAGGUUGACAGCUAAACCGAAGGUCAUAGAAAAAGGACUCAAAAGAGUACAAACCCUCUAAGUUGUGGCCAAGGUUCCCUAUGAUGAACACCGAAUGUCGGUAUUUUGUUUCUAGAUUGUCUAAAGGUCUUUUAACCAACACUUUUUGUUUGUUGUUUUGUUGUCAUCUUUGCAGUUUAAUCCACCAAAGAGCAGACUAAACACAGUAUUCUUUAAAGGCAAGCCAACACUUAGACUGGUGAGUGAUAUCUGUACGUUUACACCACAGAGAAACUGUGUCCGGGCCAGUGAAAAAAGUCGCACGUUACCGGUAUCUUAAGUAAAGAAAUACUGGAGUUUUUACGGGGUCAUAGGCGCUUUUAUAGUACAGUUUUACUGAGCAGCCAGUGCAAGAGAAGGAGCUCGAUGUGUGACAACUCGUUUAAAAAAAAUUUAUGUACUUUCGUGUGUCAGGUGACGUCACAACAUCCUUAUUGUGAGGAGUUCAUUGGCGCGCCACAUGUUUACACCAUUGAUGUGAAUGUUUUAUCAGACGUGGAGAAGGCGAUCAAGGAAAUCUUACUUAAAGAGGUAUUUUAAAAUUAUUUUUCCAUUUUGUUUCUCUUGUCUUUCGUUGUUUUACUGCGGGCGACCAAAGAAGCCCACAGUCCUAAUCUCCAGGCCUCAGUUGUUCAAAAGGUAGAUAUCACUAUCCGAUGGAUAAAUUUCUAUCCAGUGAGUAACGAAAUUGGUUUCCCAAAUAUUUAUCCGCUGGAUAGUGAUUAUCCGGUGGAUAGCGGUAUCCAGCGUUUGAACAACCGGGGCCAGUUUGUAACUCUUACACAUGCGCAGCAUGAAUGUAGCCAGCAUUCGUUUGGAUUUCCCUCGCAGCCUUUCCAAUUCUUUGCCCGGGUGUCAAACCCAGUUGCCUUCCUGUUCAAAACCUUAAUGAAAACCCUGUUAUAUAUGCCCCCGGAUCCCCCUAGGAGGGCAAGUCUUUUCCCGGGUGUCAAACCCAGUUGCCGUCCUGUUCAAACCGUAGUGAAAUCCCUGUUAUAUAUGUCCCCGGAUCCCCUUUGGAGGGCAAGUCUUUUCCCGGGUGUCAAACUCGGUUGCCGUCCUGUUCAAAGCCUUAAUGAAACCCCUGUUAUCUAUGCCCCCGGACCCACCUAGGAGGGCAAGUCUUUGCCCAGGUGUCAAAGCCGUUUUCCCUUUUGUUCAAAACCUUAAUGAAACCCCUGUUCCACUGAGAAUGUAUGGAAUGCAUAGGACCCAAUGUGAUCAUGUGCGUUCGGACCUUCUACCACGUGAAGCUUACGUAAAGCAUGGCUUUGGAGAAGGAGCGUUUACAUAGAUUUCAACCCGCAUUCCCUAGCCUUUGGUUUCCUUUGGUUAUUACUAGUCGUAGGUAUGAAACAUUUUUGAGAUGUUGUUUGAAUAAGUAGGUGUUCUAGUUCUGGCAAUGAAAAAAAGACUGUGGUUUUCUUCUUUUUCGUCACUGGUGGGAAGAAAAGUAAGACUUAACUUGCUCAACCCUGUUUAAUCUCGUGAACAUUUUCAAACAACAUCUCAAAAAUGUUUCAUACCUACGACUAGUAAUAACCAAAGGCUGAUUUAGCAACAGGACGGGAACGCCAGUUGGCGACGGGAAAGCGCGCGGAAAGGGCCAAACACGACUUCCGGUGCCCAAUUUGCCGCUCUGCCAUUGGUCAAGCCAGUUGUUUGAUGUCAACUGACGUUCCUGUUCUGUUGCUAAAUCAGCCUAUUAGAGAGUUCGAGCAACGACUUUUUUGACGGAUGCACGUUAACCUGAAGUGAGACUUUUUCCUAUAAAUAUGUCUUGACACUACCAUAUGUGUAUUGCUAAGUCUCUUUACUCUUGCAGAGACGAUUUUCCUGGAAAUUUGGUCAUAACAACUGCCAAGCAAUGAAAAAAAAAACACUUCCGGUUGAUGGGUGUCGGUCAAAAACUUGUUUGCUUAAGCUCCCAAUUAUUAGUUCUCACCUUCACUGCUGUGUUUUUGUUUUAGGUGGAUCCUUACCUGCCUUUUGAGUUCACCCAUGAGGGAAUGUUAGAAAGGGUCAGUGCUUUGGUUCAAAAUCAGGUCAGUCUUUACAGUAAAACCUACUUUAACAAACUGUAUUUUUUUUUGGAACCGCAAUAACUAAGAGAAAUACGAUUGAAGAAGCCAAUUUUAAAACUCGUUUUACCAAAUACCCUUGGGGUCAGUGUUCAUUAAACAACAUGUGUUUAGUGAACAUGAGGUGUAUCGUCCCGGGGGCGGGGGGAGGGGUACUUCUUAUAAUGGCCAGAUAGGGAAAGCUCCGCCCGAAGGGGGUACCUUUUCAGACUUCAGGUAUGUGAAGAGUAGAAGUUUCACUUGUUGAAGUUAAGAAAGGGUAAGGAAAUCUGUCAUUUCGGCCGGUAAAAAAAAGCCCAAAAGGGCUAACAGAUGCAUUUUCUGACUGCGAAGCGCGAAGAAGUCCAAAAACACGUUCUUGUUUUUGUGAUUUAUUCAUAUUUUAAAGACAAUGCAAUUACAGCAGUUUAAAGGGAUGCAAGGUUGUAAGCUAGGUAUGUGAAAGGGAUACCUUUUUUAAAUAGAAGGUAUACGAAAUAUAAAAGGGUAAGGGGUUGGACCUCGGGGCGGAGCCUCCCCGUAUAAAUCUUUGUUGAGUAGCCCCUCCCCCCUCCCCCCAGGGUGUAUCGUUACUAUGGGAGAUGACUGAUGGUGGUACUAACGAUCAUUUCUUUAACAUGCAGGAUUUUUGUUACCAGAAUCUGUGGCCUCCUUUGAAAGCUCUCAUAACUGCACAGGGAGAGGCAGGAAAAUCUUGUAAAGAAGUUUGCCUUUCCAAGGGUAUGUCAGUAACUAAGCUCUUAGACUUGCUACAAGUUGACCUCUCAUAAGUUCUUUAACCCUUUAAGUCCCAGUAUCUACAUACAAAUUCUCCAAACUGAUCUCUAUACAUUUCCUUAAAGAAUGAGUUAAGAGAAUUUGUUAAAGAUCAAGGCAUUUUUACUUGGGUGAUCAUUUUAUUAAUUCUCAUAACUUAUCUGUUGACAAUGUAUGGAUAUUGUUAGGAGAAAAUUGAUCUUGGUCACUAUUGAGACUUAAAGGGUUUAAGCAAGCGAAGCGAGAUGCAAUGAUUCGUCGCUCGCUCGGUCGACUUGUUUCGCCUGAAUGGAUUUGAAUUAUAUUAUAAGUUCACGCGGGAAAAAUGACUCACAUGUGCUUUGUCGGGAGUGACGUCAAAUAUCACUCAUUCUCUUAUUGGUCAAUUGUCAUGACGUCACCAGUGGAAUUUUCGACCGGUGAAAAUCACACCAAACAGGUAUGAAAAGUUCUUUACAAUGGCAUAACCAACCAGGAAAAAAGAAAAAGGACUUUUAGAAAGUUUACUAAGGUCUUUGUGAAUGAUUUGGACCCUAGAGUUAUAAUAUGAAUACGUGCUCAAGUCAUCAUCCGAGGGAUUCUGACUUCGUACGCCUUGUCGAAACAUCUUUGCUAUGACUGCACGACUACGACGUUAAAUUGCCUUAUGCGACUGGGCCCAGAUCCACAGUGUGUCUUGAAGGGUUUGACAUUUGUUUUAAAAUUAUCUCUGUUUACAGGUAUGGUUUGUGAACCAGAGUUUUUUUCCAAAAUCAACUCACGAGACUCUCUAACGCAGUAAGUAUUUGUUUACGAGGAGAUCUGUCCUUAGUUUUGCGCGUUAUCAACAAUUUCAACCAUUUUGCCUGCCAUUUAGACAUCACUGCGGGCUAUAUUGAACCAGAAUAUGCAUUCUUUUUGCUUUAGUUUUAUCAUGAAUGAAAUCAAACUAAACAAAUUGCUCUUCAGUAUAUUAGAAUGUCAGUGUAUUUAACACGAAAGUGCUAAUUGGGGGACACUAUUUUCACGUCUCCAACUGGAGAUGGGACCUCCAAUAUUCGUGGUCAUCCAAGCCACGCAAAGGUCUAGCCGUUUUUGUACGUUUGCGGACAAAGGAAGGUCCCAUAUUUUUUAGUUUUUUAGACCCCGAGUAUGUGGUCUGGCCCCGGGAAUCGUACCCGCGAACUCCCGCUCUGCAGUGAAGCGCUUCACCGAAUGAGCUAAUCGUUUUGUCUUUGUAGAGCUACGUCAUAGUAGAAUCCAACUAGUGGUCUAUUAUCAAUGCUGCGUUCUGAUUGGUUGAGCUUCUACUAGGCUAUAUGUUAUAGCCCACUAGUAGCGAAAAGCGCCGGCUUUGAAAACCAAAACAAUGGCGGCUGAAUCGCGUUUUGCUAGCUAAAGUUGUUUUGUCUUGAUAUUUUUGACUAACUACUUGGAUUUUACUAAAACAAUUAUUCCUCUCGCCCUCAUGGCCUCUGCGUCAGUAGCCCAUUUGGCCUUCGGCAUCAUGGGCUAUUGACUCAGAGCCCAUUCGGUCUCGAGAAGUAAUUGUUAAAGAGACUGUUUAUCGUUUGUGCAAUAGAAAUGGUUUUCCCUGUAACUCAAGCCGACUGGAAGAAGUACCGUCUCUGAUCGCCCCAGGCUUCCGAAAGGAAUCGCAGGCCUGCAUUCUUCAGACCCAGACCCUUCUCUUUAGCUGCACAGGAACGAGUCCAAGUACCAUGCGCCUGUGCCCUUGUAGAAAGUACAAGAAAGGACAGGUAGCUCUCUGUGAAGGUUGCUGACACUCGUUAGACCGCAUUCUCCACGACGUUUCAAUUCGUCACUUUAGAAAAGAGAAAGAAACUGGGUCCAGUUAACUUUCGCAAAGACUUCUGGGAAUGUUGGUCAAAUGCCCACGUGCAAUAUAUGAAAAUUCUAACAUGACUCUGAGACUUUGUGGUCAUUCUUCUAUAUUUGGUUUGGUUCCUUUGUGCUCAAGUCUCUUCUGGGAAUUGCGAGACAAUGGGAUGGUGAAAAAUUUGCAAUUUUUAUCCUUGUGGAAAACACGAGUACACACCAAAUAGUUCCGAAAAUCUCACUAAGUUUAAUGUCCACAAUCCUUAGUCCUCAAGGUAAUAACGAAACCGAACAACAAAGUUUUUUCUGCGAACUUUAUCAGUUUUUUCUUUUUCGAACCACGAGGUCCGUAAAACUACUACUUAACACGAGGCUUGAUAGACAUGGCCUCAUGUAACAGUCACGAAUGUUCAAACGUUCUCAACACCCUAAAGCCUCGGAGUCAUGUUAAAGUUGUAAUAUAUCGAACGUGGGCUAUUUUUCCCUUGUCCCUUGUAACAAUCCCAGAAAGUCAAUUCGGCCAAUGUUCUAAAGUGGUGAAUGAUCUCAUCAAAGAUUCCCCUCCAGUGUUCGUUUGUCGGAGUAGUUUUUUCCUCAGUCUUUUCUUGCAAGACGCUAAACAACAAACAAUUUCUCACCAUAUGUAGCCUGCAAAAACGACCAUCUCUCCCUCUCCUCGCCACCAAGAGGGACGUCUGCUCCUCAGCGACAGAAAUUCCAUACUGAUGAGUUAAAUUAAUCUUUACAGUCACCUGGUUCCAAGUGAAAUGUUGUUCGAUUGUAUGCUUCUCACGGUCAAUUAUGGUAAAGUUUUGUGUUCUUCUGUGAACGAGCUCCAGCGAAACUCAAAUGCUUCUUCUAAAUAACACACUCCACGAAUAUUGACUGUUUUGUAGUAGAUUUCUCGCGUUUACAUUUGACCUUUUUGUGACCUCUUGUCUUUUUUCUGUCAUUUGUAAACAAUAGCUAAAACAAUUUAAUUACUACGUCGACCAAUCAGAGAUCCUGAUUCCGGACAGAAUUUACGUCAUAAGUAUGGAAUUUCUGUGGCUGAGGUGCAGACGUCGCUUGUGGCGAAACGUCUCAAGCGGUGAGAGACGGCUGUUUUCGCAGGUAUCAUUAUACAGUGUAGAGUUAAAUGACUAGCACCCCCCCUGGUAGUAAUUUGUCUUUGUAUAAAGUAGCCAGUCGCCCACGCACACGGGCUGUAAUUUAUUUACGUAAAAAUGUUCACGUAUUCAGCGACUCAGUAUCCAGCAAAGCUGGGUAGUUUGAGCGUGUGUGUAGAUAAUAUACGAUUUGAACUUGCACAGUAUGUUAAAUAAGUGUAAAUAAGUUAAAAGGUUUUUUAAUGUAAAGUUUACAAUUUUUUCACGUACGGGCCUUACUUUUAGAAAAUAUUGUUGAAAUAGUUUUGUAAUACGUUUCUUUGAGAGUUCGUCUCAGUUAGAGGUAAAAUUGGUAAGCCUUUUUAUGCAUUUCUUUUUUUGUUUGAAUGUUAGUGGUAAUUUUUUCUGCCCCAAGGCGGUAGUUGUGAAUUUUUUGAAUUUAUUUUUACAGAAUUGUUAUAACGAUGCAUGUCAAAAACUUUCUUUUGCAUUUAUUAUCAUGACCUGUAAAACCCCGGGCCGGGCUGUAAAGCUAAUCUAAUAUAGCUGCAUUUACGCCACCGAGUUUGCCUUGGUACUGCAAAUUGAAAAAUAUGACAGGCUUUCCCUUGGCGGCCAGAAGAGGAAAGAAAUGAAAGCUUGUUAAUGGAAGCUUGGUAGUGUAAAUGGAGAUAAAAACUUCGCCAACACGUUUUCUCGUUUUGUAAACGUUGUUACCGGGUAAAUUUUAUUUUGAGUUAAACCAGUUACAGAAGGUAAGCGGGCUUCAAUCUCGAUCCCAGGGUAAACCGUGUUAACGAGGCUGGGCAUAGGCUCCCGCGGUCAUGCGAGAUCAGUGAUAUGCAGCUAUACGUGUUAAAAGACGAGGAAAUGUUGACCGGUGGACGUAAUUUGUCAAUAAGUAUUUUUUUUAGUGCUGUAGGGAAAGGAAAACAUGAUCAUUUACAUCCUUUAUACUGUUUUAUAUUUAUGCAUAUUGUCUCACUGUACCGUAAAAGGUCGCGCGAAUUGCACGGAGGAAAGCGAAAAGGGUGCUGAAAAGUUUGACCAGGGUCGGGACUAUAUUUCAAAACUUUAAUAGGUUUUUUUUUUCAAUUUUUUUUAUUAAUUUUCUUUCAUUUCACGUUAUAUUACAUUACAAUAUCUACUCAUUAAUUACUAAUAGUACAUGCACUGACAAAUACCAGACUAAUUACAAAUUUAAUAAGUUGUUAUUAGAGAGGUUAAUUAUCACGUUUACAUCAAACGGCAUACUCGAAUUUGUACCACUUUGUCGCCUCCUGUUCGUUAUUUCUGCUCAUAAAUUAGUAGUUUCACUCAACUUUUUAUCCAUAUGAAUUUUCUGAGCUGUUUUUAUCUGCUCAUUUUCUAUUUUGAGAAAUUCUCAACUUGACUGACGUUUGCCAUUUACCGUAUGUUGUGGGAGACUGAUCAUGGGUCAGUACUGAGUCGAAUUGCGCUAUGGGACUGUUAGGGGCUGCUAUCUCUUCCGUUAUUAACUCUCACAAAGUUACCGCGCAGGAAACUGGAUCCAAACAGCCCCAUAGUGCAAUUCGGCACAACACCGACUCAGUCUCAUGCGCAACCGUCAAAUGGUCAUCAACCCUUUAAAGCCCCAUUAUCCACAUACAAAUUCUCCAGACUGAUCUCCAUACAUUCUCGUAGAGAAUUAGUUGGGAGAAUUUGGUAAAAGAUCAAACCACUUCUCCUCGGUGAUCAUUAUUAAUUCUCCUAACCCUUUCCCUUGAUGAAGGGUGGAUAUUGUUAGGAGAAAAUUGAUGUCGGUCACUCGUGGGGCUUUGAGGGUUAAGUUUCCCGUUCAUUCAUGUCAGCAGUCGUAUCCCCC